AAGCUAUGGUCUUCUAGCCUCCAGAACAACACAACAACAAUAAAGUACUCACCAAUGUCUGAUACCAAUCCUCCAACAAUGGAGAGCCUUUCGAAUGGCCAGAAGCUUCAGUUUUUUUACGAUCUAGGUGUCUUGCUAUUGACCUUGUCUAAUCAUUACAGUAACUGCAUCCAGUCCUUCCAAUUUGUUCUCGACAGCUACUAUCUUAACGUUUUGCAUACAGUCCUAGGUGUUUUAAAUCUCAGCAAAAGAUUGACUUCAAAUGACAUUGAAUCCUUAUUGUUGCCCCCACUUCUUGAUACCAACAUCAAAUCCUUCAACAACAAACCAGACAUCAAAUCCUCUUUAUUUUUCAAGAAAUUCCACUCUUCCUUAUCUGAAAUCUACAGCAUUUCAAACACCUCCAAUCCCACUAUCAACAAAGAAAAGAUCAUAGUCAUCAACAAAUGUCUAAUGGUCUUGCAAGAUUUAAAGCUCAUUCAAAUGAAUUUGCUAAAAUUCGAUUUCUACUUGCUACUAAAAUUUCAAACCUUUUUAUCAAUUUUCAACAAAAAUUCAAAAUUGAUCAAGAUCAAAAACAAUGAAAACGACAACAACAAUAACAACGAAAAUGACAACAUUAAAAACGACACCGACGUUUCUGAUACAAAUUCCAGGUCUUUUGGUCAAACUGAAAUUCAUGCCAUUGGCAGCAUCGACGAUUUCGAUGAUCUUGAUCAAGUUUUAUCCGAUUCUGACGAUUUAGAUAACAAUAAAAAUCAAGUUAUCCUAGUCGCAAGCACGAAAAUAGCUGGCUUCACCUUUCUCAAAAACUUUUACUUGAAUUCAAUCAUGCUUAAAGGCAACAAAAAAUUGUUGGAUCUCAUUACUGUUUUUGAAAACUUGAAUAAUUUCUUUUCUUUUAAUAACAAUAUUAACAUUAUCAACAACAUUAACAACAUCAAUAACAACAAUAACAAAAAUUCACUAUCAAAAAUUUUCAACCUAUUCAAUUCAAACAAAUUCGACCAGAUUCAACCUUUAUCCUUUAAUAUUUUAAUCAUAAUAAACGAAAUUAAAAACUUCUUAAAAGAUUUACCAAACUCUGCCCUGGUUUUCACCCUCGACAUUAAAAAAUUCGAAACAAACAUUCUACUAAAAAACUUCCUAUCUUUAUUAAAUUUAUUAGAUGAAAAAAAAAUUACUCUAGUCGAAAAAACAAUUUUAAACUUUAAAUCUUAUGAAAACUUCCAAUCAUAUCAUCAAUACAUCAAUUCAAAUAACAACGAGUUAUUCCCAAUAUGGAACUUUAAAAAAAACUUUAAUCUCCAACAACAAAAACAACAACAACAACAACAACAACAACAACAACAAUUAAUACCAGAAAAUUCCAAUUCAAAUCACCUCUCCCUUUCGCUUCAUGAUUACCAUAAUAAAGACUUUAUCAACAGUUACACAAAUGAAAUCCUGCAACCUUUAAACAUGGACCUUGAUGAAGAUGAAACUUUACCCUACGUUUAUUUAAAUUACGAACUAUUUUUAAGAGCCAACAGAGUUCUAAGAAUCAACUCUCCCUUAUUCAAUUUAAAAUUAAUAUAUAUGUUCAAUCUAGACAAUCACUCAUUAAAUAGCAAGUAUAUAGCUUCCUCUUCAAAUCUAAAUUUCAGUAAUCUAAGCAACAACCUUGUUAAUUCAAAAAAAAACUUGAAAAAUAAAAAAUUAAUAAAUUAUAAAAUUGAACUACAAAUUAAAAACCUCUUCACUGUCAUUAAUAAUAUUGAAUGCUUUUUAGAUAAACUCAUUGAUUUUAAUCAAAAUUUAUUAAACCAUUUACAAUUCGAUAAUUAUAGAAAUAAAUACUUGAAAGAUAACAAUACUAAUACUAAUAAUGAUAAUGAUAAUGAUAAUGAUAAUGAUAAUGAUAAUGGUAAUGAUAAUGAUGACGCUGAUGACAGCAAUAAUCGCCAAAUCGAAUCAAUAAUCGGUGUUUUAGAUGCAUUGAUGAAUUGCAAAGGCCUAAUAAUAAAUGACUUGUUAAGAUUCAAAUUAAUUAACUUGAACACUCCUAAUGAUAUUAUUAAAGUUAAAAAGAAGAAUAAUGAAAAUUCAAAUGAAAACAAAAUUUUAAAUGAAGAUGAAAAUCUAAAUGAAAUAGACAUCAAAAAGGGAAAUUUAAUUAAUAUAAAUAAAUUGAUAGGUAAUCUUAAUAACUACGAAAGAUUGAUCAACUUAAUAUUCAAAACUAAGCUCGAAAUAAUAAUUCUGAACUUGAUAAAAGUUAUCAAUAUUUACUUAACGAUGGAUUUCGACUAUAUUGUCAAUACAAAGAUUACUCAUGGUGCAGCAGAUAAUAUGUUUGAAAUUAUAGAAAGAGCAAAUGGUGAGUUUGAUCCAAAACCUGAGAAAACCGAUUUUUUAGUAAACGGUUGGGAAAAUAUUCAAGAAUCUGAUGAAGCUGAAAACUUUGAAGAGUCUGAAGGAUAUGAAGAGGAAGAAGAAGAUGAGGAUGAUGAUGAUUUUUUUGAUGGAUAUGGUACUUUUAAUAAUCAAGAAAAUCAAGAAGAAGUUAGUUUUCAAGAGAUUAUUAAGAAAUAUAAGUCACUAAAUUAUGUUUAUUAUAAGAAAAAUAAAUUUCAUAAUGGAAGUAUUGGAUUUCGUAGAAAUGCUGACAAUGAUAAAAGUAUGAAAAAACAGUUUAGUAAUAAUAAGAUUAGUAAAGGGGGUAAAGAAAAAAAUGGGAAUAAUAAGUUUGAUAUUGGUAUAAAACAAAAAGAGGAAUAUUUUUAUACAAAAUAUACCAAAGAAGAUGUAAUACAAUUUAUAUUUGAGGAUUUCAAUUCAAUUCUUAAUAGCAGUUAUAAUCUUGAAAAUGAACAGCAAGAAAAAGAAAAAGAAAAAGAUAAUGAAAAGGAAAAUGGUGAAGAAGAAAAUUUUAUUUAUAGAAUUGAAAAAAAUUUGAUUUUAAAAGAACUUGGAAUUUUAAUUUCAUUUUUAGUAUUCAAUUUAAACAAUUUGAGUUUAAAUUUAUUAAUUGAUGAGGAAGUACAAGAUAAUGAUAAAUUAUCGCUUGCAAGUUUUAGUAAUAAAAAAGCUAUAAGUAAUGUUGGAAAUUUAGAAAGUAUUUGGGAUAUUAAGAAUACAAAAACUACCAAGAAUAGUAAAAAUAAUAAAAACAAAAAUAACAAUAAUAACAAAAACACGAAAAAUAUGAUAAAUAAUCAAUUGAUCCAAAAAAAUGUUGUAAUAUUUGAUAAGAUAAAUAUCAUUUUUAAAGAUAUAUAUAGAAUUAUUUAGUAGCAUAAUUAAUUGAUUGAUUGUUCAUUUAUAGAUUUGAUUCUUAAUUUACUUGAUUUCUUAACUUGAUUAUCCAUUAAAUCUUUUAUUCUAUGAGAACCACUAAUUGAGAUGGCAAGAAUUUUUUCUAGAGCAUCUAGGGGAAGAUUAUUUUCUAAUAAUAAAAAGGAAACGUUUUCAGAUUUUCCAAUUAUUGCGAUUGUUAAAAAGGGCAAAUCUAGUUCUUCUAAAUAGUUUAAAUCCAAAAUGGGAAAUUUACUGUUAAAUAAACCACAGUUGACAGAAGAAAUAUAGUCAUACAUU